CCCAGGCUGUGUUCUCCAUGGUUGGGAGUGUGGUCUCGUCUAGCUGUUUUCUGUGAUGGGUGAAGAUCUUCAUGGCAUGGUACACUAGCGAAACUGAAAGUUUAUACCCUGGAUUUUCCAAAAUGUGUGAUGUGGAUUCAGACCCGGAGUUUGAAGAUGCUCCACAUGCCAGAAAAAGAAGCUAUGAAAACAUUUAUACUCUGUCUCCCAUGUCAUCUCUGGACCGGAUUUGUGAUUCGUGGAGAAGAAUUCCGCCAUCUGUGAAAACGGAAACAUGCCAAGUGAUCCACGUCUACGUGUUCUGGUGGCACAUUCUGCUGAAGCAAUCGGAAACGUCCAGUGUUACGCGCUGGGCCGUCGAAGCGGGAUUCCUGGAUGCCAAUAUCCACAAUGACUUGACCCUUAAGAGACUCUACAGGAUAGAAAUUCUGGAAUCCGUUCUCAGAGCAACGGCCCGAGGAUGUCUGAGAGACGAUUUAGCGAUGGAAUUGAUGAUAAUUAGUUAUCGGUUUAAUGGGAGCGCCGACUGGGUGGACGAGGCCAUACACUGGCUGCAGCGCACGGGAGAGCCCGAAAUCGCCUCGAUCGUCAUGAAGUUGGGAUCCAAGAAGCUGCGCUUCCUCGUCCUCUCCUUCGUCUUUACCGAAUAUGCCCAGAACAUCGAAGCCAUGGCAAUUAAGAAGGCAGAUGUGAUCUCGGAGUUUAAAAACAGUGCCUGUGCCUGCUGCAUUCGGAAAAGCGAAGAAAUGAAAAAGAAGGGAAACGAUCAGUUCCAGAAGAGAAAAUACGAUGCAGCCGUAAAGUGGUACACCAAAGCCAUCAGAUUUCAUCCUGAAAAUCAUAUUCUUUAUGGCAACCGGGCCCUUUGCUUUUUUCGCGGUGACAAAUACCAAAAAGCCAUUGGGGACGGCAAAAGAGCUACUCUAUUACAGCCUAGCUGGGCUAAGGGUCACUACCGUUUCUGCGAUGCCCUGUUCUUUCUUGGGGAGCGCGUGCGGGCUCUGGAGGCCAAUGAGAAGGCCCAGGUGCUGUGCAGUAAUGACUCCGAGGGGAUGCGGGACCUUCUCCAGCAAAGCGCCCGCUUCCGAGAAGAGCUGGACAGCAUCCGAGGUGCUGGAAGAAGGAAAAAAAAUGGAGCCAAGAGUGAUUUCAGCAGAAAGUAAUGUUUUUAUGUGUGCAUUUUACUUAUGAAUUUAUUUUUUAGUAGUUGUUCUGACCCUUGACAUACAGUGACGCACAGGAUUAAACUUGUGUGAAGUCAUUUUGAGCAGCAUCUUCAUA